AUGUCACAAACUGAGUCGUUAGAAGAGCUUGUAGAUAAUUGUCAUAUCGAAACAACACAGGUGACUCUGCAAGGAUCUGCAUCAACACCGAUUUCGACAAUUUUCGCAUUUACAGGCAAUGGAAAAACAAGAAGAGCGAAAUCAAACGCAAUUUGUCGAUUUUCAACAAACAUAGAAGAAAGAAAACGAAAGAAGCAACACUAUCUCAUUCCAAUCGGAAGUGUGAAAGAAACAGGAAGUCCUUACCAGAUGCCAAGGUGGGUUGAUGUUGCCUCCAUUAUUAACCAAGGUACAGAUACUCAUAAAAAUAUAGACUUACUCAAAGCAAGAGAAAACGAGCAUUUAAUGACUCUGAGUUCGGGGACUUUAACAUCAGUGUUGACGAAACUGAAGUCGUACUCUGUGCUUCCGGUAAAAAAUCCCAUGCUUACACUAGAAGAACUGAUGCAGUUUCAUGCGAAUAUAAAUGCUAAAGUUUUUCAAGAGACUCACGCUAAAUUCGUUUGCGCGAAUAUUAUGAUGGCACUGCGGUUUCUUCACGAACACAAAAUAUUCCACGGAUCCAUUUGCCCACGAAAGAUCGUGUUUAAUGAAAAGGGAUAUCCGUGUUUGACUGGUUUUGGCACAGCAGACAUCAUCGAUGACCGUCAAAGCCGUCCUCGCGAGCGAACACAGUUCGAAUAUACAAGCCCAGAGCAAAUGUAUUGGGAAUACAUCACUGAGGCGACAGACAUCUAUUCUACAGGGUGUGUCAUCUAUGCUUUCCUUUAUGGCAGACCUCCACACCAAGGAAGCGACACGUUGGCAACUCGGCGCAACAUGAACGAUAAACAUUUUGUAGUAGAAUUUCCCCGAGAUACACUUUCUCGUCAGGGAAAGAAGUUUAUCUCGAAAUGCAUAAGAAAGAGGGAAUCGCGAAGAUACAGUAUUCUCGAAACAAAAAACAUGUUUGAAGACAUUUCUUGGUUUUCUGGCUUGAAUGAAGACAAAUUGUACAAGCAGGUCAUCCCAUCACCUUUGCUUAGUGCCAUUCAGAAGACAUCAAGUGCCAAAUCUGAAAUAUAA